AUGGAACUGUAUGGGUACGGACCUCUAACUGACGCCAUAGCGUCGCUGAAUCUCGAUGCGAAACUUGGUUGCACUCCAUCUGUCCGCGGUGCGGGGCUUGGCGUGGAAGAUGGUCGGAUACCAGACUCUAGUCUGACCUCGUCAUCGAUCUGGGGUUUUGCUCAUGAAGCUUACAGAGGAAGGCUUAAUGAAGUUGCCGUUGCAGGGUUAAACGUCGGUGCAUGGGUCGCCGCCUUUAACGACAACAAUAAGUGGGUUAAGGUCGAUCUCGGCGAGGAUACUUUGGUAACUGGUGUUAUCACACAGGGACGGACCAGUAUAAACGAAAGGGUUACGUCAUUCCAAAUCUCCUACUCAAGGGACGAUACAAAUUGGACCUUUGCUCUGGAAGAGCAUUGCGGGGUACGAAAAACAUAUACAGGAAAUUUUGAUGCUGCCACAUAUGUGACCAUACUGUUUCCUGAGCCAGUAACCGCACGGUACGUCAGGUUUCAUCCUGUAACAUUUAUUGUGACGGCGUCUAUGAGAUUUGAAGUACUUGGUAUCAACGCUUGAAC